CAUUACUAGCGGACUUGACAUCAGCACUGCCAAUCUGAGUAUGUCAGACCUGCUGUUCAUCCAGGAAAUGCCCUGACAGCCGCACUGCAGCCAGCGGCCCGUGCUCCGACCGCACUGGUCCUCCUGUGUGUGCCGCAUGUGCACGCGCACAGAUGACAAUGCCAGUUGUCACAGGCCUCCAAAGGCAGGAGCGACAGCUCUGACCUGGCUUCCUCCAUCUCCGACAAACAGGCAAGUCCUGCUUCUCCCAGCAAUUAGAAAAUUGCGGGUGGAGGGAAAGUACUUGUGGAGGAAAACCCUGGGCAGCUCUGCCGAAUAUGAGAAGCAAGCACCAGGCAGGCGCUGGAGAAGAGAUCCCCGCCGGGGCAGGGUUCAGGCGGGCAGCGGUAGCCGCUGCCGACCCGGGCACCGGACAGCGGGACGGCGCGACAUGACCGGCAGGGACACAACUUUCCCAAACCCGGAGGCCGCGCCCCUUCGCAUCUCUGCCAAAGCGGCUCUGACGGUGCCAGCUCGGGGCAGCGGCUUUUGCGAUGUCAACAGCCCUGCGCUGCGAGGCCGCCGCCGCACCCUGGCCGACAGGCAGCCCCCGCCCGGGGCCGGGGGUGCGCUCCCACGGAGCGGGGACAGGGCAGGGGCCGGGGGGGCCGCCUCCCAUGGGCAGGCGGGUGUCCCCGCUCCCCGCCGGGGUGUUUACGCGGCUGGCAGCUGCGGCAGCGCUGUCAACCUAGCGCUCACCGCCGGCACCAGAAGCCACCCCGCCCGCCGCCGCCUCCCGCAGAAGGACGGACAGACAGGCGCUGGGGUUGGGCACCUCCACUGCCGCACGGCUAGGGUAGGAGGGAGGGCGGCGCUGCCCCCACAGUCCUGUCUUUGGUCUAGAGGUGGGAGUGUUCCCAAGUCCUGAAGGCAGGCUCUGCCCCCAGCAUGCUCUUAUGACUCACCAGGUUCAUCUUUAUCUCUUCUCACACCUUUCAUAACAAGCCUUCCUUGAAGCUGCAUCAGUUUCUUCUGAGGAUACAAGAUGAAGAUCAUCAGCUGGAGAAGGUCACAGUUGAACCAGAGAACAAUGAUUCAAAGCACAUUUCAGUUCUUUGCUCUACGUGUCAACAACCAAUAUAUCCACACCACCUUUUUAAUCACAAAAAAACCCACAAAGCCCUAACUUUGCUGGGCUUUGAUAGCCCACAAACAAAGACUAACAACAAACGACUUUUAGCUCAUAGACAGAAACUUAUAUCAGAAUUGACCCAGAC